UAAAUCUGUUUUAGGUCAACAUGAUGGAAUCACCUCCAACAAGAGACCAUGUUACAGACUGGUAAGGAAAAGCUACCUAUUGUAUAGCUAGCUAUGUUUCCUCUACCACUGCCCCAGAGGGCAUCAUUAGCGACCAGCUCUCAUCAUUAGUGACCAACCUCCUUCUACUAACUGUAAUCUCAGAAUAAUCAACAUUAUUGUGUCUAAUUCCCCUACCGCUCCUACUCUAAUCUGACUAAGGAAUUGUUCCUAGAUUGGGUUUAUCUGUGUUAGCUUAGUGGGAUCAUCUCCUCCCUUCUGGGUUGUCUUUCCUUCCAGGCCAACGGGCCGCACCCCUGGGGUGGAGGACUCUCCCCUGCCCCCAUCACGGAGCGCCUGGCAUACCUGCGCCCCUCCAGAGAGCUGCUGGAGUUCUACAGGGAGAAGAUGGCCCAGUUUGAUGGAGAACACGAGGACCUGCUGCAGAUGUUGGAGAAGUACAGAAGACAGAGGACACCACAGAAGACCAGGUAAAUGGUGUGUGUGUGCGUGCGACAUGCAGCAGGCAUUCAUCUGGAGAAGUACAGAGCAACCAGGAGGGUGUGUGUGUGAUAAGCCGAAAUCACAUGGCGAGACGCCGUCAACGGGGUCAAGAUUUGGGCGCGAGAGUAGAGCGAGUCAAUUCACAUACACUGCGUAGCGUAUGCCAACUUAAUUGUCAUGAGAAUCCAUAAUAAACACAGGUAGGCUGCAGUUGUUUUCAAAUAUGUAGCCUAUUUGACUGAUAAACCUUAGCUUACUGCCCAAUACAUUUAAAACUACAUCUUUAAACUACAUCUUUAGUCUACUUUACAUGUUGCGUUUAUAUUUUUGUUCAGUGUAAUUCCAGCGUGCACGCUCAUUCACGCACGAUUUGGGCUUUAAUCCCCCUGUCUCUCCCUGCCCUCCCAGCACAAGCUGCAGUGGGAGGUGCACCAGCACAAGGGGGAGAUCUCUGAACUGCAGAAGGCUCUGAGCGACAUGCAGGUAUACCUCUUCCAGGAGAGGGAACAGGCACUGCGCCUGUACGCAGAGAACGACAGACUCAAGAUCAGGUGAGCUCUCAUUUGAUUCACAAUUACAUUUAACAAUUGCAAUUGACAUUUCCAGCUUUACAUUUCUGAGACAUAAAUGUUUUCUAUUGUCUUUGUGUGCAGAGAGCUGGAGGACAGGAAGAAGAUCCAGCAUUUGUUAGCCCUGGUGGGGCCAGACGCUGGGGAGAUAACCUACUUCCACCGCGACCCUCCACACAAGGUGGGAGGUCACAGUCUCCAGGAUCUAUUCUACCCCAUUGUCACAUUACAUGACUUCGGACAGGGAGCGAUAUCUAGUUGGCCACUUGCAUGACUAUAGUCUGUCUGCUGUGCUGUAGGUUACCAUAGCCCAGAAGGAACUAGAGCAGAGGAUUCUGGAUCAUCGGAAGACCACAAAAUCAAGAACUGGAUGUAUAAAAGUUAAUUUAUAAAAUUAUUUUUCAUGACUUGAUAUAUAUAUUUUAUCUGUUAUGCUGUUGUAGAAGGUUUAUAGGUAAAAUCAUUCUAGAUGGCAUUUGGUUAAAAUGUUCUCAAACUACCUAGCUAAGAGUUGCAAGAUUUUACCUAUUUAAGAUCAACCGAAGCCUAAGGAGGGGAGCUGCUAAAGUCUCAUUAGGUAAGUAGGAUUACAGUGGGCUCUUAGCACAAAUCAGCUUACAGAAAUGUGGAAUAAUCUGUUUUUGGAGUGCAAUAUUUCCCUUACUGUGCUGCUUCUGUCUGUGUGCAGAGGGUAACCGGGCAUCUAGAUCAGAGGAGGGAGUGGUGAAUAGAGAAAGCCCAGGGCAGUACAGAAGAGACAACCAGACCUUACUACUACAGGUAGUAACGUAUAUACACACACACACACACACACACACAAAAGCAACUAAUUUAGCUCUUUGAACACUCUUGCUGAAAGUUGAACUGGUGUAAUGUGCCUACCUAUGCAGGUGGAGGCGCUGCAGGCUCAGAUGGAGGAGCAGACACGUCUGUCCAAAGAGCAGGUGGAGUCUCUGCUGGAGGACAGGAGGAUCCACGUGGAGGAGGGACCGGUCCAGCACCAGAGAGACCAGGACCACAUCACUGCACUCACUGACAAGUAUGUUCACUAUCUACUUUACUCUACCACACACCUCACAUGCCUCUCAUAUUCCUCCUACUCUACCCCACAUACCACUAAACGCCAAUGACAAAUGGGAUUACAUACCACUAGGGCUGCAAAGUUCCUGGAACUUUCAAUAAAUUCCCUGGUUUUCCAGAAAUCCUUGUUGAAGGAUUAUGAAUAUCCUGCUUAUUUGCUCCUGAUUCCGGGAAUACUCCAACCAGGAUUUUGGGAAAACCAGGGAAUUUAUUGAAAGUUCCAGGUAUUUUGCAACCCUACAUGCCACUAUCCAGCCUUUAUGAUUUUCUUACUCUAUCUGUCCCUUCUUCUCCCUCCCAGGCUGGAGCGGACCCAGAACCUGAUGUACGAGAGCACCAGGGACUUCCUGCAGCUGAAGUUAGAGACGCGGGCCCACGAGAAGGGCUGGAUGGUGGAGAAAGACCAGCUGCUGCAGGAGCUGGACUCAAACCAGGACCGACUGAGGGAGGCCAAAGACAGCCACGGGAGGGAGCAGCCAGGAUCCAGAGGACCCAGCAGCAGCAGCAUGGCCCUGCUCCUCACCCAGCCUCAGCCUGACACACAGCACGUCCACAGGGAAGAGCUCAGGGUGGGUAGUGAUGCACACGCUUCAGAUGAGAGGUCUUACAUCAUUGGGAUCAUACCCAACACCUCAAAUAAAGUAAGGUUUCUUCUUUGAAGUUUUUUGUUGUUGAAUAAGUGGUGUUAAGAGUGUUGUUGUGCCCUGUUAUUUCCUGUGCCCCAGGCAAUGCAGGAGGAGCUGAAGCAGGCCAACUGCCUGACUGAGAUGUACAGGGAGCAGUGUGUUACCCUGGAGACAGACCUGGCUCAGAUCAGAGAGGAGGGGGACGUGGGCAGGGAGAUAUUCAAGGUGUGUAGCCACAUCCUUAUCUGGGGGGAAUAAUUCAGACUUUCGUAUAUAUUUAGCUAAAUAAAAAUGAUUUUGUGUAUUUUUUGUAUUUGUAUUUAUUAGGGAUUCCCACUACUCUUCCUGGGGUCCAAACACCAUUAAGGCACAUAUAAAACAAAAGAUAAAACAGUGUGUUGGUAUACCUUGUGUUUGUGUUGUAUUUGUGUGUGAAUUUACGCCACUGUGUUUUGCUCACCUUUGUGUGUAGGACCGGUCUGACAAGAUAGCAAAGCGUCUUCAGAUGAUGACCCAGCGGUACGAGGCCCUGGAGAAGAGGAGGGCCAUUGAGGUGGAGGGCUUCAAGACCGACAUCAAAUACCUCAGACAGAAACUCAAAGACGUGGAGAAACAGCUCUUCAAGGUGAGCAUGGGACAAAUGUCAUACACCUGUGUGUGUUACCUGUUGUAUGUUUUUACUUGUAUAUGUAGGCUCACGUGGGCUACCUGUGUGUUUCAGGUGACCCUGAACGUGGGUCCGAACCAGGACCUGGCCAUCCUACACGAGGUGUGUCAGACCAACGCUCGGACCAGGAAGGUCCAGGGGGAGCUGAAGACCCUGAAGGCCAAGAUCUACGGGCUGGAGAACGACCUCCGCUACAGCUGAGAUACAGCCCAGACUGGCCCACUGGAGACCUGGGUACCGUUCAGUAGGCGCGAAACAGGAAACGCUUUGAAACAGAAAUUGAGCAUUGUUAUUGGACAAGUUCAGGAAGUACAACCUCCUUUUCAAAACCUCUUUCGUGUCUACUGAUCACAACCCUGUAUUCCCCUUUGACAUGCUAAGUUUAAGUUUGACUUUCUGACACUGUGCCUAUCUAGAAUGUCUCACGAAUCAGUUUGUCAGGUUUUAGGCCAAGGAGACCUAGGUGUGUAUGGUCAUUGACAGACAAAUCAAAUCAAAUCAAAUUGUAUUGGUCACAUGCGCCGAAUACAACAGGUGCAGACAUUACAGUGAAAUGCUUACUUACAGCCCUUAACCAACAGUGCAUUUAUUUUAAACAAAAAAAGUAAAAAUAAAACAACAACAAAAAAGUGUUGAGAAAAAAAAAGAGCAGAAGUAAAAUAAAGUGAUAGUAGGGAGGCUAUAUAUACAGGGGGGUACCGUUGCAGAGUCAAUGUGCGGGGGCACCGGCUAGUUGAGGUAGUUGAGGUAAUAUGUACAUGUGGGUAGAGUUAAAGUGACUAUGCAUAAAUACUUAACAGAGUAGCAGCAGCGUAAAAAGGAUGGGGUGGGGGGGCAGUGCAAAUAGUCCGGGUAGCCAUGAUUAGCUGUUCAGGAGUCUUAUGGCUUGGGGGUAGAAGCUGUUGAGAAGUCUUUUGGACCUAGACUUGGCACUCCGGUACCGCUUGCCGUGCGGUAGCAGAGAGAACAGUCUAUGACUAGGGUGGCUGGAGUCUUUGACAAUUUUGAGGGCCUUCCUCUGACACCGCCUGGUAUAGAGGUCCUGGAUGGCAGGAAGCUUUGCCCCAGUGAUGUACUGGGCCGUACGCACUACCCUCUGUAGUGCCUUGCGGUCGGAGGCCAAGCAGUUGCCAUACCAGGCGGUGAUGCAACCAGUCAGGAUGCUCUCGAUGGUGCAGCUGUAGAAUUUUUUUGAGGAUCUGAGGACCCAUGCCAAAUCUUUUUAGUCUCCUGAGGGGGAAUAGGCUUUGUCGUGCCCUCUUCACGACUGUCUUGGUGUGUUUGGACCAUGAUAGUUCGUUGGUGAUGUGGACACCAAGGAACUUGAAGCUCUCAACCUGUUCCACUACAGCCCCGUCGAUGAGAAUGGGGGCGUGCUCAGUCCUCUUUUUUUUCCUGUAGUCCACAAUCAUCUCCUUUGUCUUGGUCACGUUGAGGGAGAGGUUGUUGUCCUGGCACCACACGGCCAGAUCUCUGACCUCCUCCCUAUAGGCUGUCUCAUCGUUUUCAGUGAUCAGGCCUACCACUGUUGUGUCGUCGGCAAACUUAAUGAUGGUGUUGGAGUCGUGCCUGGCCAUGCAGUCAUGGGUGAACAGAGAGUACAGGGGGGGACUGAGCACGCACCCCUGAGGGGCCCCCGUGUUGAGGAUCAGUGUGGCAGAUGUGUUGUUACCUACGCUUACCAGACAUGUUGUGUAUGACAUGUAUUAAAAUGUCAUUUUACAUUGAUUCUGUAAUCAAAUACAAACAGAACAACUUGAACAGUGUGCAUAAGUCGUGCACAUGCGUCCUACACACUGGUUUUCUACUACUGAUUUGUCUAUUGUGUGUUGCUAUGAAAAAACUACUGGAUGUUUCAUUUUUAUCAAUAAAUAUGUAUUUUAUCAUUGAUUAACUGGUCAUUGUAAUAACUAGAUGUAAAAUGCACAAUUGCGUGGGCUAGUUACAUAAAACAUGUUUGAUGUUUCCUCUGAACAGAAACGGACCCCAAUCAAAAUC